UGAUUGCGAUAAUAAGACUGUAGGCGAACGACAGCCAUAAAGUUUUAACUUUGUCCACACUUCUGCAGUCUAUGCUCGGCGGUGGAUGUGGAAGAACCUCGAGACUCAGCAGUCCGCAGCAGUCGGCAAUCAGCAAUACACUAUGCAAGUAAAUCUCGUACGAGUACUCGUCGUAUGCGUAGUUUGCACUUCGUAGUUCGCUAUCCCGUAUCCGGUCGUGGUCGUGGUCGCGACUCAGCCUCGUGUGAUCGUUGGUGUUACUCUUUUUACCUAUACUCGUAUACAAUAGCCAUUAGGCUAUGUAUUAGAAUACCCUCUCUGCUGUCGCGUACCAAAAAUUAAUCGUCCAUCGUCCAUCGUUGCAUUAUCCAAUAUACCGGUGUGUUUUAGUGUUAAGUGCUUUUUCUUAUUCUCUCGGCUUUCAUUGGUUCUUUUUGUCUUGAUAUUUUUACUUUGUUUCGUACUUUUGUGCGCGCUAAUUUACUAAUUGUGUUAGUUCAUUGAUCGGUGCACUUGGUUUGCUGCAUUAAAGAUAGAUCACCACCAGAGUUGCCGAUGGAAUCCAGAAUAGGACUGGAUUACAUCGUCGAAAAUGUCGAUUACACCGCCAAACUCGCCAAAGCUUUGGACUGCGACAAUAUCACUGUAAAGAAACAAGUAUUCGAGCUUCUGUCAGCUCUUUGUGUUUAUAAUUCAGACGGAUACUCACGUGCUCUUCAGGCGCUAGAACAAUAUAAAGAAUUCAAAUCGGAACGUUAUAGACUGAAGCUUAUCGUCGAUGAAUUGCGGAACAAAGAGAACCCAUUGGAUUACAAAACAACAUUAUUAGCAUUCGUUAAUUGUCUGAUAAUUUCGACGCCGCAGUUGAAAGACAGAGUACGAAUAAGAAAUGAAUUUAUAGGUUUAAAAUUAUUAGCUGUUUUAGACGAAUUAAGGAGGUACGUUAGCGGUGGCAACUGCGGUAAUUACGCGGACUUGGGCGUACAAUUAGACGUAUUUCACGAGCAGCGUGAAAAUGACGAAGCUCAAAUAUUAGAUUCACCUUAUGGGGUUGAUUUGAAUUCACACGUCGAUGUAUUUUAUGCGAUAUUACGUCAAGUAGCAGAAACACCUCAAGAAAUCCCAUUCCUCAGCAUACUCCAACACCUGCUGCGAAUCGAUCCAAAAGAAGCGAUCAGCGAUAUAAUCUGGGACACAGCAGAAACCCUCGUGCAUCGGGCCACUCUGCUGGAGUCCAGGCAAGAUGCUACACGUAUCCUAAGAUCUCCGAGCGUACAAAGUAGACUUUGCUGCCACAACCAUCGCAGUGUUCCUGAUACCGUAUGCGGUAGCCGCAAACAAUCCCUCAACAUUCCAACCUCCCCGUUAAGCACGUUUCAAUCCUGUCCAGUUCCUCCUCCGCCACCUCCACCAGAUCCACCAUCCUGCGGGUUACCUCCACCUCCACCACCGCCUCCACCUCAAUUAAUACAACUCGACCAACCGGGUGAUCAGAAGAUGGGAGCUCCUCCGGUACCGCCGCCGUUGAUAGCUCAACAAGAACGAUCUCGAGCAUCUCCAGAGCCCAGUGAUGUGUCCCAUUUGAGGUUACCGCAGCAAGAAACGCCCACACCUAAAACAAAAAUGAAGACCAUUAAUUGGAACAAGAUACCAAAUAAUAAAGUCGUGGGCAAACAUAACAUAUGGUCGGAGGUAGCUCGAAGUCAUCAACAUUCCCCUAUGGCAGAUCUCGACUGGUCCGAAAUGGAAGGAUUGUUUUGCCAACAAGCUCCUCCAUCCACCGUCGUAUCAUGUCAAUCGUCUCCUAAGCUAAGUCGCAAUGAGUUCAACGAAUCAGGCGACAGAAGAAGAAAAGAACCAUCCGAGAUCGUACUACUAGACGGAAAGAGGAGUCUGAAUGUGAAUAUAUUUUUAAAACAGUUCAGAUGCUCAAACGAAGAUAUAAUUCAGAUAAUAAGGGAAGGAGGACACGACGACAUAGGUGCUGAAAAGCUACGAGGACUUUUGAAAAUGCUUCCCGAAAUCGAUGAAUUAGAAAUGUUAAAAGCAUUCGACGGCAAUAAAACCAAACUCGCUAAUGCUGAAAAAUUUUUAUUAGAAUUAGUUGAAGUACCUAAUUAUAAGUUGAGAAUUGAGAGUAUGCUAUUAAAAGAAGAAUUCGCCUCGAAUAUGAGCUACUUGGAACCUAGCAUUAAUUCUAUGAUUGUGGCCGGAGAAGAUUUGAUGACAAAUAAAGCUUUGCAAGAGGUCUUGUAUAUGGUUAUAUGCGCCGGAAAUUUUCUCAAUUCUGGAGGAUAUGCUGGAAACGCUGCCGGGGUGAAAUUAAGUUCCUUACAAAAAUUAACGGAUAUCAGAGCUAAUAAGCCUGGAAUGAAUCUGAUCCAUUAUGUAGCCAUGCAAAUUGAGAAAAAACGUAAAGAUCUGAUGAGGUUUACUGAUGACAUGUCUGCCUUGGAAGAUGCUGCAAAGACUACAGUGGAGCAGUUACAAAACGAAGUUCAAGCUUUAGAAAACAGAAUACAAAAAAUCAAGAAACAAGUAGAAUUGCCUUCAACCGAAAAUGAAAUUAAAGACCAAAUGCGAGAUUUCCUCAAGAUCGCUGAGCAAGAAGUCAGUACAUUGCAGCACGAUCUUCGAGAAUUGGAAAUGGUACGAAAAACAUUGGCGGACUUCUUCUGCGAAGAUCCGGCCACUUUCAAGAUCGAAGAAUGCUUCAAGAUAUUCCACGUAUUUUGUGUGAAAUUUAAGCAAGCGGUGGCGGAAAAUGAAAGACGUCGUAUUCAAGAAGAACAAGCUAGUGCGAGGAGAAAACAAAGAGAAGAACAGUUGGCGGCUAAAAAGAGAUCGAUGAUAGGAGCUGGAAAUGUGAGCCCAACUGGAGGUAUCACAGGAGACAGUCAUAUUAUGGAUAUUUUGCUCAACGACAUGCAAUCGAACGGCCUCCAGAAAAGAUAUUCCGAUAAAGAAUCGAGAAGUCGGAAAAUAGGUAUCAACGGUAGUAUGCUCUCGGAAGAAGAAUCGCCAUCAGUUACAAACUCUCCAAUAGUCUCCAGACGUAGAUUAGGUUCCUUCGGAGACUCGGCUCAUCUGAACGCCUCCAACAAGGAAGAUACAUGUUCACCAGACAUCACACCGACAGGAAGUUUGAGACGUAGAAGAAGCAGAGUACCGUCUGAAGAAGACGAAUCAACCCUGAUGGACUUCUUGCGUUCAGCCGAACAGGAGAGCGCUAGGGAACGUAAAUCUUGGGGCAGCUUGGAUCGAUCUUGGGCUCGACGUGCCAGAGGUGGUAAAAAGAGACCCGAUUUGUUGAACGCGGAUUUCUCCAAUGAUCGAGAAAGACCCGCUUCUCCAUCUCCAGUACUUGAAAAUAAGACUUUAUUACCAACUCCAGAAGAAGAAGUUAAACCUAAAGCUUGGCGUCAAAAAAUCGAAGCUUGGCUUCAAGAAAAUGAAAAAGAAGAAAAACAAAACGCUGAAAUGUUACAUAAAACACAACGUAGACAUUACAGUAGUCGAAGAUCUCUAGAAAAUGAUUCAGAAAACGAAGGACGAGAUUCGAAUGCGAGUACACCAGUCGAUGGUAUUUCCAAAUACCGUCGAGAUCCUUUAUCGAAAUUACAAGAACAAGUACCAACCUACCAACGUGUCUAUUCGGAUUGGAAACCAACGAUAGACAAAACAGAUGUAGUUGGUACGAUGGAAGCAAUCGCUGGAAUGCAGCCUCAAUCCCAUCUGAAGGAUAAAUCAGCUUGGCGUAAAUCACAACUAAAUACUUCGGCAGGCGAAGACGUCGAAACGGAGAGUAGGAAAUUACGUAGAAUGAGAUCCAGAGGAAGUAUCGACUCGUCGCCACCUUUAGAGGCAAUCAAAGAAGAAGAAAAGAAAAAAGGCAUCAAUAACGCGGAAUACUCGACGAGCCCCGUCCAAAAAUCCAUAAUAAACGUAAUGUCGGCUCCGUUAGAAAAACCAAAAUCUUUCGACCAAGCACCUCUUCCGCCAUUCGCUCCGAGAAAAAGCUUCAAACGCGAUAUCGAAACGAUAGAUAAAAUAGAAAUCGAUUCAGACAACAUAGAAACACCACCGGCUACUCGUAAACUAAUGAAUUACUCUCGCAGCAGUAACGAAAAACCAUCCAGCAGCGGCUACGAAGAAGAAACAUUAGGCGAUGGUCAAUUCGAUCGAUUUUCAUCGGCUCGUCGAACACGUCGAUAUCGCAAAUCUCAGGAUGACGAUUCGAGUAAAGACGUAGUCGCCGAGGUUAGCGCCGAAAAGCAAAUCUUGAGACCGACCACAUUGAAAGUGAAAUCUCAACCGGUCGAUAGCGAAGAUCCGGAGAACAAAGAAAUUAGACUGAAACAAUGGCAAGAUAAAUUAGUCACCAGGACAGACGCGCCUCAAUCUGCUGUAUCGCCCGAGCCUAAGAAAGAAGUCAAGAAUAAGAUCCCAGUUCUGCAGAGUUCGUAUUUACGUAAUAAUCGAAUGUACUCGACGUUACCUCAUUCGUUCAAGAGUCGAAUAGCUACCAGUACAGCAGCCAGGCAGGCAGGCAAACUGGGUAGUCGAGCUGAUGAUAAACCACUUACUCAGGUAUCGUCGUUCAUUCCGGAGAUCAAAGUACGAGCUCUGACCCCGACUAAGACUCGUAUCGAGCACGAGAACGACGAAGGGUUCGAGGAAACGCAGAGUCUGAUAUCAGAUUCACCCAGUCAGACCACAUCUUCAGGAUGUAACUACGAUAUCGAUAAUAUCGAUUCGCCUUCUCCGUCGAUGGUCAUCUCAGACACGAAACCAACUUCUUCGUCUACUUUCACCCGAACUGACAGCAGUGGCAGCGGAGACGCCAGUGGCUGCGAUACGAAGACGAAACUGAUGCAGAAGAAACCAGAACCGAAAUCUCUACUGCCCAAACGAACCGCUUCGAUGAGACUAUCGAAACCAGUCAACGGAUCCGAAGAUAGUACAAAGUUCAUUAGAACGUCCAGCGUCAGUAGGAAUCCGAACGGUAGAAGUGAUUCGAAACUGGAACGUAAAUUCGACACAGGAUCUAGAAUAAAAACACCUACACCGCUCAGUAAAAACACCUCUAUUCAAAGAUACCCUUCGAAAAGUAGUCUGAAAAGUUCUCGUAGCUCUUUGAACAGCUGCGCCUCCAUCAGCACCGUUAAAAACGUCAAACCGAACGCUAAAUUAGACAAUUACACCAACGUAAUCAAAACGUUGACGUCGAAUUUGCAAAAAUCCGCUUCCAGAUCUCCGACUGCAAAAAUCAAAAAACCAUUAACACCUGUACAGUUCAAAAGCAAAACGAAUUCAAAUUCGGCGGCAACGAGUCGCAGCAGUAGCAGCGCCAGCAGCGUCGAACCAACCAAAAGGAACGGUUCUCUAACGUUGAGUACCAGUUUCAAAGAAAAUUCCAGCGAUAUGGCUAACGACAAUUUUAAUCGUUUUAACGCGCAAAGUUUUAUGAGACCGACGGCCUCAAGUUCUGCUAAAGACAUGACUGACACGAAACCAAAGCUUAUAAUAAGAACUCCGUUUAAAUGAGAAAAAAACAAUCACCUCUCGAACGUAAGAAUUGCUUACCUUCUCUCCUUCAUCAAGUUCGCGAAUCUCGACUUUAAAAAACCACUCAGGCCUAAUGAAGCACUAUUGACUAGAAAUCCACUCGGUAAACUAUUCAGGCCCUAAACGUAAUCGAAAUUCUAGUCUUCAAUUUUACCUUAUAAAUACAAUAACUCGAAACAGGCAACGAGCUGUAUACAAGUAUUUUGAAAUACACUCAAAAAAAAAUCAUAAAAACAAGUGAAAAAAAGGCAAAUUAUAUUUAUCGAGUUUUUUUUUCAAAAAUAUUUUUUUUGUUGGCAAUUUAGCACUAACAAUGGCUGCGGCCAAAGAAGCUGUAAAUUGUUAAAAGAUGAGCUGUUCGGUAUAGCUAACAAAUAUAUAAGUCUGAGAUGAACUAAUUUGCAUUUCUUUCAAUGUUAUAUUUCAAAUAUUUUUUUAUAGUUCUAGUCACGUAUAUGUUUUUAUUUUUUUUUCUUUUCUUUUUCUUUGUCAUUCUGACAAUAACUUUUUUAUAUAAAUUUUAUUUCUUCUUUUUCUUUUUUUUUUUUUUUUACUACAUAUAUGAGAAUAUAGGUAGAUACUAAUUCUUUAUCGAAGUGUAUUUUUUUUUGUUAAUUAAUAUGGAACGAGAUUUUUAUGUGUUAUAUGAAUAAAAAAAAUACAUUAAUUGUUAAUAGUCUAACGAAAUAUUCUGUAAUAAUUUUUUUCAACGUAAUGCUGGUUUCAAUAAAGUGUUUAACCGUGUUA